AUGAAUGACAUAAAACGUUUAAAGGAACAGCAACGCGAUAAACAUCCUGGUUUUGACUCGUAUUUGAAUUGCAUGACAAGAGCACUUUUCUCAGGUCUAGCUUCGUUUUGCCUGACUUUUUCUGGAAGUUACUUUACACAAAAAGUUGUACGUACAAAAAUUAACUACCCUAUUCAAUACAGCGUGCUAGUGUCGGCAUUAGCGGCUAUUAGUGUAUCCUAUAUGACCACUACAACACGCACUAAAGCUUGUCAAACAGCUUGGAUGGCAGCGGAAGAUAAGCAUUCUGUGCUGAAAGAAGACGCUUAUUAAAGGAGUAUAAGUGAAAUUUAAAAAAAAAGAUAUAAUAUAUAAAUGUUUUAUAAAACA